AUGACCAGCUAUCGAAAAGUGUUCAGUUCCAUAUCAGUUUUACCAAUCGGUGAGAACUCUGCAGACACUAUCAUCAAUAGCCUGAGCAGCUCUUCGAGUGGACCUGAGCUUUCUGAAUCUCCUUCUGCGAAUGCCAAAAUGAGGGCCAAUAGAAAAGAGGAAAAAUCGAUCCAAUCGUCCGUCCUUGCCCCAAUUGAGUCAUACCUAGAUGACCAAGAAGAAAAGAAAACUGCGGCCGCUUGUACCGCCAAUCAACCAAUAUCAAUGGCCAGCACUCCUCGGGAGGUAAAAAAUACCGAAGCUUCCUCUUGGAAAUCAAAGAUUCGAAAAGGGGGCAGAAAAAGAAGGGUUGUUGACAGCGACGACGAAACGCCAAGGAAGCAACAAUUUGAUCCUAACGAAGUACAUUGUAUGGGGACUGCAUCGCAACCUGACUUACCAGCCACGAUUACAGACGAGUUCAGCCUUGAUCCCAUCAUCACUUCCUCAUUUAUUGAAGGAGAUCUGGAAUGUAUACGCAGAAGCCAAUCUCCAAGAUGUGGGCCAGGAGAUUUGACAAUUCAAACCGAGGAGGACACAACACUUGUCAGCAACAAUAAUCUGAAGUCGGCCAAUCAAGACCAACUGACUGGUACCCUUUCUUCAUUUCUCAAUAGAUUGCGACAAAUGGAGACAUUUGUCGUAAAGAGACAGCGUCACAUGCACCAAGAAUUGGAGGCUAGUGAAGUGGAUAGAAAGCAGCUUAUCGAUAUUAUCAGCCAAACCCAAGAAAUCUUGGGCGGUUUGAUGCCUGAUAAAGCACGAACUAAGGCGCAGCAGAAAAAUAUUUCGAAACGCAUGCAUCUCGGACCCUGA